GUAAUAAUUUGCUUACUCUCCUGGGUCGUGAAUGAGUGGGUGCACCAUUAGCUCCUUCUAAGCCAGAGCCAAAGCAGCAGAGAAGGGAAAGGAAGAUAGAAAAAUGGGCGCAACAGCCACCGGCAAAUCUCUCCAUUUUUGCUCUUCACAGGACCCCCUUUCAUUUCUCUCCCUAACAAAGACAAAAUCAAAAGCAGAAACCCUAAACCUCAACUUCAGAUUCUCCAAACCCCCAUUAACCCCCAAUUCUCGUCGCCUUCGUCUUUCCAUUAGAGCUUCUUCACCCUCCUCCACCGCCCUCAAUGACCCGCCUCUUCCCUCUCUCACCAAUUCCGAUCUUCAACUUCGAGUUCGAAUCCUCUCUGAAUCACUCCCCUACAUUCAGAAAUUUAGGGGAAAAACCAUUGUCGUCAAAUACGGAGGCGCCGCCAUGAAAUCUGCGGAGCUCAAGGCCUCUGUUGUCAGGGACCUCGUCCUCCUCUCCUGCGUUGGCCUCCGUCCCGUCCUCGUCCAUGGCGGUGGUCCUGAAAUCAACGUCCUUCUCAAUCAGCUCAAUAUCCCCGCUCAGUUCCGCGAUGGGCUCCGUGUAACCGACGCCAGGACCAUGGAGGUUGUUUCUAUGGUCCUUGUUGGAAAAGUUAACAAAGACCUGGUUUCUCGUAUCAAUUACGCUGGAGCCACCGCCGUGGGCCUUUCUGGCAUGGACGGCCGCCUUUUAGUUGCCAGGCCCAGCCCAAACGCUGCACAGUUGGGGUUUGUCGGAGAGGUUGCGAGAGUGGACCCCACAGUCCUCCAAACGAUCGUGGACAACGGAAGCAUCCCGGUGAUUGCUUCAGUGGCGGCGGAUGAGUAUGGUCAGCCUUACAACAUCAAUGCAGACACGGUAGCUGGUGAGGUGGCGGCGGCAUUGGGGGCUGAGAAACUGAUUCUGUUGACCGACGUCGCAGGGAUUCUGAGAAACCGAGAGGACCCUGGAAGCUUGGUGAAAGAGAUUGAUAUAAAGGGAGUGAAGAAAAUGAUGGAGGAAGGGAAGGUAGGCGGUGGGAUGAUUCCCAAAGUGAAUUGUUGUAUUCGAUCGCUUGCUCAAGGGGUUACCACUGCUAGCAUUAUUGACGGUCGUGUUGAGCACUCGUUGCUUCAUGAGAUUAUGACGGAUGAGGGCGCUGGCACAAUGAUCACCGGUUAAACUAUAGCCUACUCUUCCUUUUUGUUAGUUUUAAUAUUGUAGCUCUUCUAUUUAUUGCAGUUAUGAAUGCAUUGCUACAAACUUCAAUGAUUUUUGUUUUCAGUUCCUGAACAAUGUUUCUUUUCGGGAUCAAUAGUUUAAUAAAAUCAAAGGUGAGAUGUUGAAA